AUGGAUGCGCUGAGUCAAGUGGCGGAGGACCCCACCAAGUGAGAACACACAUGCAUCCUGGUGCAUUCUUCGGCGCUUUUGCAUUCUGCGUGUGGUUGGGUGUUUGUAUGUCAGGGUGGGCGCGCGCGUGACUCUGAAGGACGCAGUCAAGGAGCUCAGGAGCCUCCACCAGACUGUCAUCACCAUCGCCAACAACCAGACGAGCGCCGCCAACCCACACAAGACCACCAGGCGCAGCCCAUCCCCCGCCCCGCCAUCUGCCAACCCCCAGCCCCCCUCAUCCCCUGCACAGCACGUCAAUGACAGCAGCAACUUGAAUGACGCCCCAGCAGAGUGCCCGCGGCUGAUCGAUUUCAUCGGGGCGUCAAAUCGCUUCAGGUCGGGCAACAGCAGUGCGGCCGUGGCGGAAGGCGGCGCGGCUGAGCUGCCAAGCAAGAGGGGGCAGGAUGGGGAGAUGACUGAUGCGAUGCGGACGAAUGGUCUGUCUGGGGAGGGAGUGAAUGGCACCAGGGGUGAAUGAACAGUGACCGACACUGUGUGAUGUGAGGGCAUGCGCAGCGUUUCUUUGGUAUGCACGUGAAAGACACUGCAUUUUGUUUCUUACUUUUUUGCAUGGCGAAUUCACCUCAUCAUUUACGGCCAAGACAGACGCUCCUUAGAAAGGGUUUAGGAUGCAGGGUUUGCGCGAUGAGGGAAGAUUCCGGAGACGUCACUCGCUCCUCCAGAUCCUCUGAGAAUAAUGAGCGAACAGGCACGCGGCUCGAAGCAUCAGCACCUGACGCAGCCAAUGGCAUCAUGCGCAUCAUCCACUCUUCUUCCUCUGUGUGUGUGUUGAUGCUGGUUGGUGGACCGUUUCAGAUAGAACGCAGGUUCCUCGUGCAGCUUGUGGCCAAUGAUGGCGCUGUCCAGGACGUCGCCGACGAGUAUUUGAGCUUCACGAGCGGCAUCGACUCAUCGGAGCUGAAAGAACUCAUCCGUGCCGCGUGCGCACCGCUUUUGAAUGAUGUGGGGUUCAUGGCGAUGCGCAUCCGCGACCAUCCCGAUUUCCUGGACCAUGUGACUGCUGACAGCUUUCCAGGCCACGGACGGGAAGGGGAGGAGCCAAUUGUCAUCACAGUGGCAGCCACGGUCAGACACCAUGAAGCAAGACGGUGGGCGACAUUGCUGGUCAUUGAUGUGUGCGUUCUUGUCUUCCUCUUGAUCGAUGCCACUGACUGUUUGCCCUUCAGCGCGAUGAGAUUACCUGGUCCGACGUUCUCUCUGCUGUGCGUUCGGGGCUACACUCAUUACGUCGGCGUUUCUCGCCGGUGCCGGACGGCAUAGCUGGGCAGGCUACAUCUUCACCGUUACGGUCAUCUUCCUCGGCGAGCUCAACGAGCGAUUCCUGCACUGUGUCGGGCGGCCAUUUCGUCAGAGCGGCGAGGGGCCAUGAGGGACGGCAAAAGAGGGAAGGCAGCGUGACGACGCCGCUUCUGUACGAUCACACGUGAGUGAGUCGCUGAGGGUGGUUGCAGCCGUGCGCAUGGAGCUGCCUUCCUGCGCGUGUGGUGUGGUCCUGCGAGUGACGACAGGAGGGACCGGUACGCAUGGAGCGGAACCAACCAAGUGUGCACACAUCUUCUUCAACCGCUGUAUGUGUUUGUCUCGCUCAGGUGUGUCUGAUGCAGUCGGUGGCCCGUGUGAGACGACUGCUGCUCUUCAUCCUCCCCUGCACACCGCCAACGGCAACAAGAACGACGCCAUGAUGUCCUCUGCGGCAGCCCCAGUGCAGCAGGAGGAGUCGGGGGCGUGGUGUGUGCGUGUGAUGUUUUUUUGCGCAGCGGCUUGGCGCUGCCCCUCUGUGUUGUGUCCGAGUACUGUUCGUGUCUAUCAUCCGUCGCGUUUGCCUUGCGCUGCGUUGGGUUGGUGUGCGUCUUCUGCAGUGCCGGUGGGGCCACUGCACGGGUCACGGUGGCACUCAGAUGGAUGACAUUUCCCAAUCUAGCGGAAGGUAACGACAGGGACGCUCUCCAAAACAGUCCACUGGGUGUUUUUCACUAGUGUGCCUUCGUCAAUGUGCCUUUGCCUGUUUGUGUGUCCGUUGGCUGUGGCGGCUGGCUGGCUGUCCCUGCAUAUAAAAUGUAGGCAGCGAUGCGCACGUGUCGUAUGUAUGCGUCACGUGCCCUAUGCACCGCUGUCUAUCCGUUAUAUGGCAGGGCGGCUGGCGCCCCAACAGACAGCACAUCUGCCGCCGUUCAUCUAAUUUAUGCAUUGUACACUUAGAUUGGGUGCCCAUUGGGUGUGUAUCUGUGAGGGGAUUGCAGC